AUGAUAUUCAAGCGACUGUUCCAAAGCAGCAGCAGAAACAUUGCGUUUGCAUUCGACAUUGACGGUGUCUUACUUAGAGGAAGAGCUCCUAUUCCCGGUGCAAGCGAGGCCCUCCAGCUGUUGCAUAACAGCAAGGUACCAUUCAUUCUACUGACCAACGGCGGUGGCCAAUUGGAGGAGCAGCGAGCUAAUUUUAUCUCAAAGGCCUUGGACGUUCCCAUUUCACCCUUGCAAGUCAUCCUGAGCCAUAGUCCCUACAAAGGUCUAGUCAACAAGUAUGAAAGAAUCCUGGCGGUGGGAACUCCGUCUGUGAGAAAGGUAGCUGAAAGCUAUGGUUUCAAGGAUGUGGUCCACCAAACCGAUAUUCUCAGAUAUAGGAGAGACAUUGCUCCCUUUUCGGGACUCAGCACCGAGCAACUGCUAGAGUACUCGAAGGUGAUACCCGAUAUCGACAGCAAGAGAUUCGAUGCAGUGUUGGUGUUCAACGACCCCCACGAUUGGGGUGCUGAUAUUCAAAUCAUUUCGGAUGCAAUCAACAGCUCCAACGGCAUGUUGGACACGGUGAGGGACGAGCAAUCGAGCAAGCCCUCCAUACCCAUCUACUUCUCCAACCGGGACCUGCUCUGGGCCAAUAGCUACGAAUUGAACAGGUUUGGCCAGGGUGCGUUCCGCCAUCUCGUCAGGAAACUCUACUCCGAACUCAACGGCGGACUGGCGCUGGAAGACAACACCUUAGGCAAGCCAACGAAACUGACGUAUGAUUUCGCACACCAUGUGCUGAUAGACUGGAGGCAGAAGCUUCUAGCGGGUGACACAGCUUCUCAAGAACAGACACUGCCCGUCUUGGGACAGCCACCGGAGCAGAGUCCCUUCCACGAUGUCUACAUGGUCGGCGACAACCCGGCAAGCGACAUCAUCGGAGCCCAACAGUACGGCUGGAAGAGCUGCCUCGUCAGAACAGGCGUGUACAGGGACGGGGUGCCUCUGAACCAUGUCAAGCCCACCAUGAUCGUCAACGAUGUCUACGAAGCGGUCACCGCGGUGCUCGACGCCGGGUCCAAAUGA